AUGGUCGCUGCGAACAAGAUCGUCGUCUGCGAUAACGGCACGGGGUUUGUCAAGGCCGGAUUCGCAGCCGAGAACUUCCCCAAAGCCAUUUUCCCGUCUCUCGUGGGUCGCCCCGUCUUGCGGGCAGAAGAGGCAGUGCAGUCGGAUAUUCUGCUUCAAGAUAUUAUGUUUGGGGACGAAGCGGCUGCGUUGCGGUCGAACCUUGAGAUCUCGUACCCCGUGGAGAACGGCAUUGUGAAGAACUGGGACGACAUGGAGAAGCUCUGGGACUAUACGUUCAAAGAGCGGCUGGCCAUUGACCCCAAGGCUGGCCACCGCAUUUUGCUCACGGAGCCGCCGCUCAACCCGAAACGCAAUCGGGAGAAGCUCGUCGAGAUGAUGUUUGAGAAGUACGGCUUUGACGGCUGCAACAUCACGACGCAGGCGAUGCUGACGCUGUAUGCUCAGGGCAUUACGACGGGGGUGGUCAUUGACACGGGCGACGGAGUUACUCAUGUGGUGCCAGUGUUCCAGGGCUACGUGCCCCAGCACCUCAUUUGCCGGUUGGACGUUGCUGGUCGCCACAUUACCAACUACCUGAUCAAGCUCAUGCUGCUACGUGGGUACCCUUUGAACCGUACUGCUGAUUUUGAAACAGCUCGUCAGAUCAAAGAGAAGUGGUGCUACGUGGCGUAUGACACGGCUGCAGAGCGCAAGUUGGCGCUGGAGACGACGAUUCUAGAGGAGCCGUAUGAGCUGCCUGAUGGUCGUAUCGUGCGACUUGGUCGUGAACGUUUCGAGGCACCGGAGGCUCUGUUUGACCCCAACUUGAUCGACGUCGAGGGCGCCGGUCUUAGUGACAUGGUGUUUGACAUGUGCAUGAAGGCUGACAUUGACCUGCGCACUGAAUUCUUCAAGAACAUUGUGCUGUCUGGUGGUUCCAGCAUGUACCCGGGUUUGCCAAGCCGCCUAGAAAAGGACAUCAAGCAGCGGUACCUCACGGACGUGCUGAAGGGGGACAAAAGCCGUCUGGGCAAGUUUCGUCUACGCAUUAACGACCCGCCCCGACGCAAACACCUCGUCUUCCUCGGUGGCAGUGUGCUGGCUGACGUGAUGAAGGACAACGACGCUUUCUGGCUUUUGAAGAGCGAGUACGAGGAGCAGGGACUGCGUAUUCUGGACAAACUGCAAUAA